AACACUUUUGGACACACUAUCAGCUCAUCAAGCCUCUCCAUAACACUUUUGACAAAUUUAGAAAAAGGCUGGUCCUGUACCAGGGUCCGGAGGCAAAUUCUCACAAGAGCCGACUGCCAAUUUCAUUCUCCCGCCAGAAAACUGAACGGACCAUUGCUCAGAACGACUUCAAUUAAUCUGUUCCUCAGUCCUGACUCGCCGCCGGAAGUCGCCAUGUACGGCGAGAUUGCGAGCACCGAGAAUCGCAAUCGCCAGACAGUUUCUUUUGCAAGUGGCAUCGCUAAGUUUUUAGGCGUAUAUUUUCGGAAAAUCGACUUUACUCUGGAGGAUUCCAAGUUCAAAUUCGAACUCGCAUCCGAUCUUGCUGAAUUCUUUUCUAAAGAAGGAGAAUACUUUGUUUCUCAGGUCAAAGAUGAUGAUGGCAUAUUAUUUUUGCCACUUGAUUUUGAGCAGUUUCAGAACGUCUGCAAAAUCAGAAAAUUUUAUAUGACCUUAGAUGAUAGACCAAAAGAAGCUCUGUUAUGUAUGAGUGCUGCAUUGCACAAGGUUAUGUUCAUGGAAUGGGGGAAGGAAAUGUUUGAUGACUGUGCAAAGAUAAAUAUUCGUCUGCAUAAUUACCCUCAAGUGAUUGCACUGAAGAACCUAAAAGCAGCAUAUAUUGACAGGCUUGCUUCUGUGCGUGGUACAGUGGUAAAAGUUAGCACAGUUAGGCCUUUGGUUAUUAAAAUGAGCUUUGCCUGCAAAAAAUGUGGAACCAACAUUGACCGUGACUUUCCAGAUGGAAAAUUUUCACCCCCCUCAAUAUGUGAAGUGCAUGGUUGCAAAAGUAGGAACUUUACACCAAUCAGAUCCAGUGCACAACCCAUAGACUUUCAGAAGAUAAGAAUUCAGGAGCUGCUGAGAUCUGGACAUCAUGAGGAAGGACGUGUUCCACGCACAGUUGAAUGUGAAUUAACGGAAGAUCUUGUAGAUGCUUGCAUUCCUGGAGACAUUGUGACAGUAACGGGUAUUGUUAGAGUGAUUAACAACUACAUGGACAUCGGAGGGGGAAAGUCAAAAGGCAAGAAUCAAGAGCUUUACUAUUUAUAUCUUGAAACAGUAUCAAUAAGAAAUUCCAAGACUCAACCAAUGCAUGAGAAUACGCUUGACAGAUCCAUUACAAGAUCCACAGAGUUUUUUGACUUAUUAUCAUUUUCUCCAAGGGAUUUAGAGUUCAUUGUAAAGUUCUCUGAAGAGCAUGGCUCUGACAUCUUUCGCCAACUGCUUCAUUCAAUUUGCCCCUCAAUCUACGGACAUGAGCUUGUCAAAGCGGGAAUUACCCUGGCUAUGUUUGGUGGUGUACAAAAGCAUUCAAUGGAUCAGAACAAGGUCCCUGUUAGGGGGGACAUCCAUCUACUAAUAGUUGGUGAUCCUGGUCUGGGUAAAAGUCAACUGCUCCAAGCAGCAGCUUCUGUUUCUCCUCGUGGCAUAUAUGUAUGUGGUAAUACUACAACUAAUGCUGGCCUCACUGUUGCUGUGGUGAAGGAUCCAAUGACUAGUGAUUAUGCCUUUGAAGCUGGUGCAAUGGUUCUUGCAGACCGUGGAUUAUGCUGCAUUGAUGAGUUUGACAAAAUGUCUGCCGGACAUCAGGCCUUAUUUGAAGCUAUGGAGCAGCAGUGUGUUUCUGUUGCAAAGGCAGGACUUGUAGCAAGUUUAUCAGCAAGAACAUCUGUUUUAGCAGCUGCAAACCCUGUUGGUGGUCAUUAUGACCGUACAAAAACUGUAAACGAGAACCUGAAAAUGAGUAGUGCUUUACUCUCGCGAUUUGAUCUGGUCUUCAUAUUACUUGACAAACCUGACGAGCUACUGGAUAAACGACUCUCAAAGCACAUCAUAUCUCUUCACGCUAAAGCUCCAGAGCAUCCACCGGCCACAAAACGAUUAUGCACAGCACCCUUUGAUGCGGGGGAAAAUAGCCUGAAUGUAGGGCAUGAUUCUUUAGUCGCAAGACUGAGACUUGACCCCAAGAAGGAUUGUGGUUUUGUUCCAUUACCUGGUCCACUUUUGCGUAAAUACAUUGCCUAUGCAAGAGCUUACGUCUUUCCAAGGAUGACGGAACCUGCUGCAGCUAUCUUAAAGAACUUUUACCUGCAACUGAGAGAUCGUAAUACAUCUACUGAUAGUACACCAAUAACUGCUAGGCAGUUAGAAAGUCUGGUAAGGUUGGCUCAAGCUCGAGCUAAGGUUGAUCUUAGAGAACAAAUAACUGAGCAAGAUGCUUUGGAUGUUGUUGAAAUAAUGAAGGAGUCUUUAUAUGAUAAGUAUGUUGAUGAGCAUGGUUUUGUGGAUUUUGGGCGUAGUGGAGGGAUGAGUAAAGAAAAGGAGAAGAAAAGAUUUUUGGGUGCACUAAAUAAGCAAUCAGAAGUGCAUCAAAAGGAUUGCUUUUCAAUAUCUGAACUGUACAGUUUGGCAGAUAGCAUUGGCUUAAGGGUCCCUGAUAUUGAUACUUUUCUGGACACUCUUAACACUGCAGGUUAUUUGCUGAAGAAGGGCCCAAAGAAAUAUCAGGUCCUAUCAUCAUCUUAUUCAAGAAGUCAAUCAUCAAGGGAAUAGUUUUACCGCACUGGUAAUAUGCAUUAAAAGCACCUUUCCCUUGCAAUUGGCCUCGACCAUUUGCUAGCUCCUUUUGACCACUCCCAAACUUAGCAGGUUUUAAAAUAGAUGCAUAUGCUACAAGUUCACCAUUAUCCUUUUUUU